AUGGCAAACAAUACUGCCGCCGGACCUGACUUAAAUGCCGUCUGUCCUCAUUAUACUGACGGCAGGGGCACGCCUGUGUGUUGGGACUGUGCUGAAGGAGGCCAUCUUGGCCAAGGUGGAGAGAACCCAAUGACUCCAGAGAGGACUAAGAAGAGAUUCGUACUCAUGGAUGGGAGUGAGAUCCUUAACCACGAUCCCUUAGCACCAGAAGUACAUCCUCCCGUAGAAGGGAUUGAAGUUGGCUCACCCGAUCCACGAAACGUCCCUCAAGGAAAAGAGGUCUUCUACGCGCCGCAAGUUAUAAGCACUCCGGAUAACUAUAUCAAGGACAAACACAAUGGGUGGAAUACUGAAUCAAAUGAGAAUACCGAAUCAAAUGAGAAUACCGCCGCCGCCUCUAAAUCGUCCACCAUACUCGGAAUUCGAAAAAGAGUAUUCUGGUUACUCUUAAUAUGUAUGUUCGUAGUUGCUUUCGUGGGAGCGGCUGUCGGCGCGGCGGUUGGAGUAACCCAUAGGAACCAAGCCAUCAAAGCUUCGUCGGCAACACCAUCGCCGCCGGUAGGUGAAAAUCAAUCUACAGACUCUCCAAGUCCCAUGAAGACCUCACCCUCUAGUACAAGUGCGUCACCCACAGCUACUCCAAGUUCAGCACGCAGUUGCCUGGGCGCCGACGGAAGUACGUAUACAGACGCAGGCACUGGGACGAAGUUCAGGAUCGAGUGCGACGUAUCACAUCAAGGCCGCGAUAUCGAGAACCUCGAGGCCGAAUCGAUGAAGGAAUGUGUUUCGCUAUGCGCUAAAAAUACAUAUUGCGCGGGCGCUGUCUAUUACGACGUUGGACCGCAAGGGACGGAUCUUAAUUACUGUUGGCUCAAAAGCUCCUUGAAUGAUAGUGAUAUAAGAGCCACGACGGAUGCGCAGUCGGUGGUGCGGUUACAAUAA